AAUAAUGUAAUAUAUUUGUUUUGUCUUGGAAAAUGGAAUAUGAAUGAUAGAGAAAAAGCGUGUGGUGAUGGUUAAUAAAAUAAUAAUAAAUAGUGAUGGGACUCACUAAUUCCAUCUUUUUUUUGACGAAAAGGCAGCUUAUAUUGCAAAUCGACUGUAGCAGUUACAGAGGAAGAAGAAUACAAGAAGGGAUAGAAACCCCAGAACCCAAACACAAAAGGCAUACCCUGCAAAAGAAGAAAAACAUCAACAGAACAAAAGCAGAGCCACGCCUCAAAAGGAGGGGAGCCAAAGCAUCAUCCAAACAAAAGCAUUCAAACUUUCUCUCGUAGCUGUCACAGUCGAAGAAGCAUAAAGCAGAGUCAGCUCGUCCGAUACAAACAAACCCAUGGCAUGAACAAAGCAUUACCGUUAGCCGCCUCCUGGGAGUCAUUCGAAGAAGACUCAUCGCAGUGAAUCGCAAACUGAGAUUACAUGGCGGUGGACAUGGAUGUAGCAGACUGCUCAGAGCUGACAAGAGCCAAGGGACAACCGGACAGCAGGCCAAAACCAAGGAGGAUGGGAAACAGAAGGGAAAAGAGGAGAGCCCGAACAAAAAUAAAAAAAUACCCACAGCAAACAACACCCCAACGAAACCAAAACCAAACCAGCCCACCAUGAAAAAGAAACAAGCAAAAUGAAAAAAAACCCACAAAAAGCCUGACAAAAGAAAAAAAAAAGAAAGGACCAAAGCCCAAACCAACCCACCAACAAAAGAACCAUCAGCCACCAAACCCAACAGAAAGACCAAGCCCACACACACCAAAGGAAACAAGCCCAUUCAAACAACAACCAAAAGAAAACGAGCCCACCACAAACCCUCAAGCCAACAACCCUAAGUCCCAAACAGAAACCAAACCUCCAUUGCACAAUGAGAAGCCGCCGCGGCCGCCGGACGUGACAUCGCCUUCCACAGACGCCAAACUCAUGGUUACGACGAAGGGGACGGCAAUGAAUGUUUUCACCCAAAAAUGAUGAACACACCACACUUGAAGAACAACAACCCGCCAAACAAUGAUGGAGAUUCUCCAAGUUGCAACACCCGGACCCUGAAGAGCAAGCUCAGAUCUGAAGAACACAGAUCGGAACAAGGACAUAACCAUCUCCAAUGAAGAGGUUUGAGGAACGAUUCCACAAAGGGAAUGGAAAACGCCAUGAACAGCUGGAAAGCGCCAAAAAAUGGCCGCAAACGAGGAGGAAAACAAAGCAACGACAAGGAACGGGGACAAGGGCACAAAAAAGAUUCUUGGGCCACCGCCGGUCACCAUGAGGCGCCGACGGCAGCCCCAACAACAGAGUUUAGAGAGAAGGCAGAGAAAAUUUCAAAUUAGAGAGAGAAAGUUUUAAAAAAGUCGUUCUCGGUCCACUAAUUCCAUCUUGGUAAACCCAAUUCUUAUAACUUUUGAUAUGAAUUGUAAUUCCCAUAACUUAGCCCAAAUGAAAUUCAUUUCUCACCCUUCUUAUCCUUCCAAACAUAAAAUAUGGAACUGGAAUUAAAAAUUGAAUUCCAAUUACUGAGUUUUUUUGUCUAUUCAAACAUGAUGUAAAAGUAAAAUUCCUCGCAUAACACAGCCUUAAUAUUAUUUUGCCGCCAUCAAGUUGUACUUCUCCUUUCUGGAACAUUUUCUAUAAAUAUCUUAAUACCCAAGCUGCUUUUCCAUAAACAGACAGUAGUAAUUUAUUUAUUAGAAAAAGAGCCAGAGCCAGAAAAGCAAAAGGGAAAACAUAAUUAAGCAGAAGAAAAAGAAGAAGUAUGGCCGCGAGCUCCGCUAGUUGCUGCCUCAACCGUCUUUCCCCCCCGCCGGCGACCAGUACCCUUCCUUCUUCCUUCCCCGCCAUCCAACUUCCAUGGUUCAACGGCGAAAAGUUGAGGAGCCACUGCGUGGUGGGGAUGGCGUGCAUGGUGAUCGGCCUCGAAACCGCCGGCAGCGAUUGGACCGCCGGCGCCAUGAUGAGUUCGUCGGGUGCAGCCGACGCUGGGGAUCUGCUGGAGAAAGUAACGGCGGGAGGUAACGAGAAAUUAACAAGGGGCCCACGGUGGAGCGACAAGCGGAUGUGUCCUUCGUGGCAACACAACUCGCUGGAGACCAUAGUUCCGGAGAAUCUGCCUCGGCCGUCGGCGAGCAGGAGAUCGGAGUCCGUCGAAUUAACCGGUGGUGGGUCGGCGAGGGAUUCCCCGGCGGCCGGUGAUGGAGGGUUUGUCAAGCGUGAGGGUAGAUUAGGAAGCUGCUUUUCGAUCUGAUCAGAUCAAGUUGUCUUGUGUUCCAAUAAUGUAGGAGCUCAGCUGGGUCACCACCAUGUCAUGUGGAUGUAAAUAAUAGAUAUUUACGCACAAAAUUGUCGAAAUCACAAGUUUAAAUCCAAAUCUUAAUGACUAAAUUCAUGAAUGCAAAACAUCUGUCAGAUUGUUUUAAUAUCAUAUCCAAAGAAAAGAAUCAAUAAUUUGGUUGAUUGAAGAGGUUUUAAUCUGAAUCUCCUAUCAAUUCUAUUGCUAUAAUAAUAAAAUAAUAUUCCGAUU